AUGAGAAAGGUAGGAACAAGAGCUGUCGAGACGGCAGCACAAGGAAUAAAGACAGGAACAGGCAAUGUAGAUAACGCUAACACAACAAAGAGGAAAGGUAGGACGAAGAGAUGUAAAGACAGCUACGCAAAGAGUAAAGGUAAGGACAGUAGCAGUAGAGACGGCAACAAAGGGAAGAAAGAAGGGACGCAAACACAAGGAAAAGAUGUAGGAACAGAAGGGACGCAAACACAAGGAAGAGAUGUAGAAACAGAAGGGACGCCAACACAAGGAAAAGAUGUAGGAACAGAAGGAACGCAAACACAAGGAAAAGAUGUAGAAACAGAAGGGACGCAAACACAAGGAAGAGAUGUAGGAACAGAAGGGACGCAAACACAAGGAAGAGAUGUAGAAACAGAAGGGACGCAAACACAAGGAAAAGAUGUAGGAACAGAAGGAACGCAAACACAAGGAAAAGAUGUAGAAACAGAAGGGACGCAAACACAAGGAAAAGAUGUAGGAACAGAUGGAACGCAAACACAAGGAAAAGAUGUAGAAACAGAAGGGACGCAAACACAAGGAAGAGAUGUAGGAACAGAAGGGACGCAAACACAAGGAAGAGAUGUAGAAACAGAAGGAACGCCAACACAAGGAAAAGAUGUAGGAACAGAAGGAACGGCAACACAAGGAAAAUAUGUAGGAACAGAAGGGACGCAAACACUCGGAAGAGAUGUAGGAACAGGAGGAACGCCAACACAAGGAAAAGAUGUUGAAAUAGAAGGGACGCAAACACAAGGAAAAGAUGUAGGAACAGAAGGAACGCAAACACAAGGAAAAGAUGUAGAAACAGAAGGGACGCAAACACAAGGAAAAGAUGUAGGAACAGAAGGAACGCAAACACAAGGAAAAGAUGUAGGAAGAGAAGGGACGCCAACACAAGGAAAAGAUGUAGGAACAGAAGGAACGCAAACACAAGGAAAAGAUGUAGGAAGAGAAGGGACGCCAACACAAGGAAGAGAUGUAGGAACAGAAGGGACGCAAACACAAGGAAGAGAUGUAGAAACAGAAGGGACGCAAACACAAGGAAGAGAUGUAGAAACAGAAGGGACGCCAACACAAGGAAGAGAUGUAGGAACAGAAGGGACGCAAACACAAGGAAAAGAUGUAGGAACAGAAGGAACGCAAACACAAGGAAAAGAUGUAGAAACAGAAGGGACGCAAACACAAGGAAGAGAUGUAGGAACAGAAGGGACGCAAACACAAGGAAAAGAUGUAGGAACAGAAGGAACGCAAACACAAGGAAAAGAUGUAGAAACAGAAGGGACGCAAACACAAGGAAAAGAUGUAGGAACAGAAGGAACGCAAACACAAGGAAAAGAUGUAGGAAGAGAAGGGACGCCAACACAAGGAAAAGAUGUAGGAACAGAAGGAACGCAAACACAAGGAAAAGAUGUAGGAAGAGAAGGGACGCCAACACAAGGAAGAGAUGUAGGAACAGAAGGGACGCAAACACAAGGAAGAGAUGUAGAAACAGAAGGGACGCAAACACAAGGAAGAGAUGUAGAAACAGAAGGGACGCCAACACAAGGAAGAGAUGUAGGAACAGAAGGGACGCAAACACAAGGAAAAGAUGUAGGAACAGAAGGAACGCAAACACAAGGCAGAGAUGUAGAAACAGAAGGGACGCAAACACAAGGAAAAGAUGUAGAAACAGAAGGGACGCAAACACAAGGAAGAGAUGUAGAAACAGAAGGGACGCAAACACAAGGAAGAGAUGUAGGAACAGAAGGGACGCAAACACAAGGAAAAGAUGUAGAAACAGAAGGGACAGAUGUAGAAACAGAAGGGACGCAAACACAAGGAAAAGAUGUAGAAACAGAAGGGACGCAAACACAAGGAAAAGAUGUAGAAACAGAAGGAACGCCAACACAAGGACGAGAUGUAGGAACAGAAGGAACGCCAACACAAGGAAAAGAUGUAGAAACAGAAGGGACGCAAACACAAGGAAGGGAUGUAGAAACAGAAGGAACGCCAACACAAGGAAAAGAUGUAGAAACAGAAGGAACGCCAACACAAGGACGAGAUGUAGGAACAGAAGGAACGCAAACACAAGGAAAAGAUGUAGAAACAGAAGGGACGCAAACACAAGGAAAAGAUGUAGAAACAGAAGGGACGCAAACACAAGGAAAAGAUGUAGGAACAGAAGGAACGCAAACACAAGGAAAAGAUGUAGAAACAGAAGGGACGCCAACACAAGGAAAAGAUGUAGGAACAGAAGGGACGCAAACACUCGGAAGAGAUGUAGGAACAGAAGGGACGCAAACACAAGGAAGGGAUGUAGAAACAGAAGGAACGCCAACACAAGGAAAAGAUGUAGAAACAGAAGGAACGCCAACACAAGGACGAGAUGUAGAAACAGAAGGAACGCAAACACAAGGAAAAGAUGUAGGAACAGAAGGGACGCAAACACAAGGAAGGGAUGUAGAAACAGAAGGAACGCCAACACAAGGACGAGAUGUAGGAACAGAAGGAACGCAAACACAAGGAAAAGAUGUAGAAACAGAAGGGACGCAAACACAAGGAAAAGAUGUAGAAACAGAAGGAACGCAAACACAAGGAAAAGAUGUAGGAACAGAAGGGACGCAAACACUCGGAAGAGAUGUAGGAACAGAAGGGACGCAAACACUCGGAAGAGAUGUAGAAACAGAAGGAACGCCAACACAAGGAAAAGAUGUAGAAACAGAAGGAACGCCAACACAAGGACGAGAUGUAGGAACAGAAGGAACGCAAACACAAGGAAAAGAUGUAGAAACAGAAGGGACGCAAACACAAGGAAAAGAUGUAGAAACAGAAGGGACGCAAACACAAGGAAGAGAUGUAGGAACAGAAGGAACGCCAACACAAGGAAGAGAUGUAGAAACAGAAGGGACGCAAACACAAGGAAGAGAUGUAGGAACAGGAGCUGUUUGGACGCAAACACAAGGAAAAGAUGUAGAAACAGAAGGGACGCAAACACUCGGAUGA